UGAAGAAGUUGCCACCACACCUUGGGCCAUACGAUCGAGCAGUCUCUACCCUAGAAGCAAAAGCAGUCGGCAUGCGGCGUACACGGUACGUUGUAUUGCCAGUACGGGCUUGGCAGUAUGUCGGCCUUUUGAUGGUAUCCCUGGCCUGCCUAACGCUAGGUCUAGUCUCCAGGGAUAAGGAAGGCCGAGCAGGAAGUCUGGCGGGACCUGAAUUAAAACAUCAAGCCCCUCACGAAGUGGAUGCCUGCCCUAAUUUGAAUCCUUUCACCAAAAUGCCUUCUUGCUUGGCCACCGAGCAAGACCAGACCAGGAUUGCGAAGACGACCAGAGAAACCAGAGACUCCAGGACUUCCCUGAUACCGGCUGAUCUCAGAAUGUCCCGAUCUCGAAGCUUAGAUCGUGACUCCAGAGUUCGAUCACAGUCUCGAGUGGACUUCAGGAGCAUGGAGAGAUUAGACAGACAGGGAACGAAUAUCGAUAAUGAUUUUAGACGCAGCGUGGAAUCGAGAUUCAGGGCUAGAAUCCAAGACCGUGCAAGACGUUCAUCCGAUUCUGCAACUCAACUUUCUCGUCUGCUCGCUUCAAGAACUAGAGAGGAUUCUUCUGAACGAAGAUUGGUCAAAAGGUCUAUUGAUUCGGAUAGGCGUCGUGAAACAAACAGGCGAGUAAAUGAUUCUCGAGAACGCGAACACCUUGUACGAUCCACGGAACGACUAGCAUCUACCGAUUCCCGUCUAGAGAGGAACGAUUUAUCCGUGAGGAACGUUGACAGACGAAACCGUAUGCAACUGACGAUCAGGCGUGAUUCUAGACUGGACCAAAACCGUAGAUCUCUUACCAGAUUGGAACGACGAGAAGUCAACGAUGAACGAGAAAAAACUAUUCGUCUGGAUCGUCGUAUGGAUAUCAGGGCAAACGAACGACGAGAUUCCUCCGUUAGAUCGUUAAGACGCUCCUCAGGCGAUAUGGAACGACGAGACUCCUCUGUUAGAUCGUUAAGACGUAACUCAGACGACAUGGAACGACGAGAAAGAAACAACAGACUGAACUUGGCUCGUGAACGACGCGAAUCUCGACUCGACAGGGCAUCUGAAAUUAUCAGGAGCGACUUAAAACGACGAGUUAGGGAUCUGUCCGAUGACCGUAGGUCAGAACGUCGAGCACCCGUGGAUUCUAGAAGGAAUUCUGAAAGACGGUCCAGAUCUGUGGAAUCUCGAACCCGCGAAGAAGUCAGAGCUGAUCGUAGACUUAUGGAACAAAAUGCUGACCGUCGAAUUAUGGACCAGAGAACUGACCGCCGACUCUUGGAACAAAGCGCUGACCGACGACUUAUGGAACCGACAGCUAAUCGUCGAGUUAUGGAACGACAAACUGAUCGUCGCAUGGACCAAAAUAUGGAACGUAAACUUAUGGAGAAAAGGACUGAUCGCCGAGCUGCUCAACGAAGAACCGAUCGUAGUCUCGUGGAUCGACAAGCUGAUCGCAGACUUAAAGAACAAAGGGUUGAACGUCGUCUCGCAGACCAAACAUCCGAUCGUCGACUUAUGGAACAAAGAGCUGACCGCCAACUUAUGGAACGAAGAAUUGACCGCCGACUCAUGGAACAGAGAGCUGACCGACGACUUACGGAACAGAGAACUCAUCAACGCCUUAUGGAACGAAAGGUUGACCGACAAUCCACAGAACAGAGAGCUGAUCGCCAACGUAUGGAACGAAGAACUGACCAACGACUCAUGGAACACAGAGCUGAUCGACGACACACGGAACAAAGAGCUGAUCGACAACUUAUGGAACGAAGGAUUGACCAACGACUCGUGGAACAAAGAGCUGAUCAACGCCUCAUGGAACGAAGAAUUGACCGACGACUUGCAGAACAGAGAGCUGAUCAACGCCUCAUGGAACGAAGAACUGACCGACGACUCGCGGAACAAAGGGCUGACCGACAACUCAUGGAACGAAGAAUUGACCGACGACUUACGGAACAAAGAGUUGACCAGAGCCUCAUGGAACGAAGAACUGACCGACGACUCGCGGAACAGAGGGCUGACCGACAUCUUAAGGAACGAAGCAUUGAUCGACGCCUUAUGGAAAACAGAGCUGAUCGAGUACUCACAGAACGAGUUGACCGACGACUCAUGGAACGAAGCAUUGAUCGACGACUUAUGGAAAACAGAGCUGAUCGAGUACUCACAGAACGAAUUAACCGGCAGCUCAUGGAACGAAAACCUGACCAACGACUUAAGGAACAAAGAGCUGUACGACGACUUAAAGAACAGAGAGCUGACCAACGCCUUAUGGAACGUAGAAUUGACCGACAACUUAUGGAACAGAGAACUGAGCGACGACUCAUGGAACAGAGAACUGAUCGCCGACUUAUGGAACAAAGAGCUGAUCGUCGACUUAUGGAAGGAAGAACCGACAGCCGUCUCAUGGAACGUCGUCUCACAGAGCAAAGGAUUGAUCGCCAAGAUUUGAACUCAAAAUCAUUACGUCAAAGACUCGAUACUGAUCGCCUACAACGAGCUCGCUCUACACCUACUCUUCUUGUAAAUACCAUUCGAUCAAAUCAAAGGGAAGAAAGAUUCGAUGAAAACCUUCGCGCAUUCUUAACCACUUAUCGAGAUAGAACUGCAAGGGACCUUAAACGAUCUCGCUCUAUGGACCACAUCCGCUCUGCUCAUAAAAAUUCUCAUUCUCGAAGCCAACCGAUGCAACGAAAUUCACUGGAAGAUUCAACCUCACUUCGAAGAUAUGUUCGAUCAUUGUCCGUUUUGGCCCAACAUCGCAAUACUAGGAUCCCUGUUAAUACACGUUCGUUAUCAGUACGAGAGGAUAUUUCGACUCGCAGCUAUGAUUUCAUACCUAAGAUUAAAGCUUCGACCACCACAGAUUUCCUGAAACAAGAGAACUCCAUAAAUCACAUUGUAACAUUCGACAUUAUUCGUCAAGCUCUAAUAAUUGGUCUGUGUUCGAUGUAUGGCCUGUCUGUUUUCUAUGGCAAACGUUCUUUCAUUAGUAAUAUCGUAAGGCAGACACCACAACUUACUAUAGGGUAAAAUCCAAUCUAACGAGAAACAACGAUCCGCUACUUCCAA